CUUUCCGUCAUAAAAAUAGUGGUGCAUGGAAACUUAAUAAUUUCAAAAUUUUACUAGUUUUCGGCACCAUAUUAAUGUUAACGUAUUACGUGUUGUUUUUUAAAUGUGAGACUGCAAAGUUUACGCGUGUUGGGGAUUCUUUGACAAAAUAUUAUAAAUCUUCACGACUAGAAGAAGAUCGUUUAAACGAUUUAGAAACGAGGGAGGAUAUGGAGAAGUACAUUUUUAGUGAAAAUAAUAAUUCCAAUUUGAGUCAGACUGAUCCCAUAGUUUUGAAAUAUUUGAAAAAGUACCAUUUACAUAAUGGGAUCGUGCCUGGGAGGAAGAUUCACUACCCGACGGUGGUGAAUGAGCUCGAUUUGUAUGUCGAUCUCGCACUGAGGAAAGUUUUAAAGGAUAAAAAGACGGGCGGAUUUUUUGUCGAGUGUGGCGCUAAUGAUGGAGAAUUUAUGUCGAAUACGAUCGCUUUAGAAAAAGAUCAGCAAUGGAGCGGGCUGCUCAUUGAAGGGUCGCCAUUAUUGUCCAAAAUUUUAAGGAGGAAGCGAAGAAAUGCUUGGGUGGCGGAUGUGUGUCUAACGGGAAGAUAUCCAGAAAGAAUUGAAUUCUUAAAACAUAAAAACACCGCGGAAGACUGGCGUAUCGGGAAUGGAAUUGGUAAAAUAAAUCCUGGAAAUAAGUAUGAAAAGCCGCUUCUGAAUUUACCCGAUACCGGACAUUAUUUGGAUCACGGAUUUCUUCCAGAAGAUUACAUCUCUGAAGGAAUGAUCUCCUGUUUCCCGUUAUAUUCCAUCCUCUCCGCAAUUAAUGUCAGCACGGUGGACUUUUUCAGUUUGGACGUCGAGGGACACGAGUACAAAGUGCUUCAAGGAAUUCCUUUCGACUUGCUCGAUAUCAAGGUUAUAAUUGUAGAACACGCAACGACGCCGGAAGGAAAGAACGCUAUUAAAGAUUUAAUGGUAAAAAAUGGCUACAAGUUGUACAUGAAUGGAUCAAAUGAUUACAUUUUCAUUAAAAAGAAUUAUCUCGUAGAGUAAAUUUAGUAACGACGUCGUAAAUUACAACUUGUAAUUAAUUAUUUAAAUUGGAAAAUUUUAA